AUGCUCGAAGUGUUCGCGAAUCGAACAUCCAUUGAAAGAGGUCAAACCACCCACAGCGAAUAUGAGUAUGACAACCUCUUGACUACAAUCACGAGGAUCGUUGAUGCUGACUUGAUGCCUCCCAGUGGGAACGACAAUCGCAGUAAUAUAGGCGGCGAGGGUGACCGUCAUAGCAGCGGCACCCUCGCCAGCCAUGGCACCAACCAUGGUAGCUAUUUUUACAACACCAGACAUCAAAGAGUGGUGAUCAGCUCCUCAGCAUCGAGAGCAGAAGGCGAUCAGCAAGAAAUCAUUUGGGACGACAUCAUCAGUGGUGAGGUGUGA